CUUCUCUGGUUCUUAUUGUCGUUAUCAUCAGGCUCCAAAUCUGCCCACGAAUUCGUGUGAAUGCGUCGGGGGAAUAAUGACUUGUGUUGUCAUUUGGGGUUUCUCUAAGUUAUAUGUAUAUAUAUUACAUAUACAUAUACAUAUAUAUAUAUAUAUGUAUUGUGGGGUUGGCUUAGAAACCAGUUGCAGCUAGCAAAGUGACUACUGAUUGUGGUGAUUAAUAGUGUGAGAAAUCAAGCAUUUGCUUUGCUUGCAGAAGGAUGGAAGGGGGAAGGAAGAUGAUAGGAGUGGCGGUGGUGUUGGCAGCGGUGGUGGCUGUAUCUUUGGCUUUGGAGGUGUGCAACGUGAGCGAGCAAGGGCUGCUGUCUUGCAAGCCGGCGGUUACCCAACCCAACCCGCAGCCGCCCACUCAUCAGUGUUGCCAGGCACUCUCCGGCGCCAACUUGACCUGCCUCUGCCAGUACAAGAACUCCUUCAUCCUCCCUUCUCUUGGGAUCAAUCCCGCUCUUGCCCUCGCACUUCCUGCCAGGUGCAAUAUCACCACCUCCGCUGAAUGCUAAGUAAGCGCUCUCUCUCUCGCGCAAAGUUGGGCUUAGGAGUAAUAGCUUUGCUCCUAUAUAUUGUUCAUUACUGUUCAUUUGUAAACCCAUUUUGCAAAUUCUCAAAAAGGGCUUGAAAAGGUAAAAAGAAAAAAAAAACUGAUCUCUUAAAAUUA